CCGGUCGGAUUAAGCCUUCCGGAAAGUGCAGAGAGGGCAUAACAAAAUCGACUCACGGAGCUCACUCGCCGCGGCAGGUGGCUUCUUCCACCCUCUCUCUCUGUCCCUUCCAUUCUCUCGCCGCCGCUCGCUUCUCCAAUUACUUUUAGGCAAGGGCACCACCACCGCUAAAGCACGGAAGUGGUUCUUUCGUGCCCUAAAGGUAGCAACAACAGCAGGAGCAGCAAUGGUGAGACUGACGGCGGAUUUGAUAUGGAAGAGCUUGCACUUCUUCAAUGCCGUUAAAGAGCGAGAGUUGGACCUUCGAGGGAAUAAGAUUGCAGUCAUAGAGAACUUGGGUGCCACUGAGGACCAGUUUGACACAAUUGAUCUAUCUGACAAUGAGAUUGUCAAGCUCGAGAACUUUCCUUACUUGAAUCGUCUUGGUACUUUGCUAAUUAAUAAUAACAGAAUCACUCGUAUCAACCCUAACAUUGGAGAAUUCUUGCCGAAGUUACAUACCCUGGUCCUUACAAACAACCGUCUAGUAAACUUGGUGGAGAUUGAUCCCCUUGCAUCUCUUCCAAAGCUGCAAUUUCUUAGCUUAUUGGACAAUAAUAUUACAAAGAAACCAAAUUACCGGUUAUAUGUGAUCCACAAAUUGAAACAGCUACGGUUGCUUGAUUUCAAGAAAGUAAAACAGAAGGAGAGGCAUGAAGCAGAGCAUUUGUUUGCAUCGAAAGAAGCAGAGGAGGAGGCCAAAAAGGUACCUGCAAAGACAUUUACUCCAGGUGAAGCUCCGGAUGUAUCAGAUGUUUCAAAAGCAGAGGAGGCCCCUAAAGUUGUUGCCCCCACUCCAGAGCAAAUUACAGCCAUCAAGGCUGCAAUUGUAAACUCUCAGACACUUGAAGAAGUGGCAAGACUUGAAAAGGCUCUGAAGUCUGGUCAAAUUCCUGCAGAGUUUCAGAUACUGGACAAGGAUGUACACAUGGAUCCAACCCAUGCAAAAGAUGACAAAAUGGACAUGGAUGGUCAGAAUGAAGUAAAUGAUGCUCAAGAUCAGAAGGAAACUGAAGAUCCAACACCUAUAGAACAGGACUGAGAAGUGUUUCUACCAGCAAUUCUUUAGAUGGUUAUCGUUCCUGGCAGGUUGACUGUUCCAAAGGGCUUCAUAGUUGACUGUAUCUGAAGAUGACUGUAUCGUGUGAAGCUGUGUAUCGAAAUUUCUCUUUUCCCAUUCUACAACUAAUAGUAUUCUGUGUCUUCUUGAUUUGCGCUUGGUCUGAUUAUAUGACACCAUUCAACUUGAUACUGAUAGGUCUGCUGAAUCCAAAUGUUUUCAUGAAACAAUUCUGAAUGAAAGAUGAUGUGGUGGAACAAACGACUUUGGGGUCAGUACCACAUCUAAGAAAAAA